AUGUCUCGGCUAACCAGGGGAAAACGCAAAAGGGUGUCGCCGGCGCUUAAAUCGGGACGGCCUGGAAAAAAGAUGAAACCCAUUCCGGAGCUUCCACAAGAAUUAUUCCGAGAUGAAAUCCUGUCACGCCUCCCAAUCGAAUCCGUGUCACGUUUCAAGUCUGUAUGUAAGUCAUGGCUAUCUCUAUUUUCCGAUCCUCACUUCGUGAAACAACAUAAUGAUCGUCUAAACCCUAAGGAAAAUGACUUGCUGGUUAUUAGAAAAUAUGGCCACAUUGCUAUUAUCUCCCGCUACCAAGAGCAAUUUCUCCUCAGAAACGAUGAUGAUUGGAAUCUGAUCGGUUCUGCCAAGGGCUUAGUCUCUCUGUGUUGUAGAAAUGUAGUGUCCUUGUGGAACCCCGCAAUUCAUCAAUCUAAGGAAUUUCACCUUCCACCGCUAGUUUAUGGUUGUCUGUGUAGAGCGGGACUCGGUUAUGAUCCUUUAAGUAAGGACUACAAGGUGGGGAUAUGCUAUCGGUCGCUUGAUAAGUUACGUCUUUGUUAUGCUGUUUACUCCUCGAGUUCAGCUUCAUGGAUUCAUUAUCAGUUUGAUGAUCGUGAUGUUGAGAUUGUUAUUUCUGAUUUUGAGAAUAAAUCUCUAACUCCGACUACCAUGGUUAGGGAUUCUCCUUAUUGGACUACUUCUUCUACUACUAUCUCGUCCUCGAAUGAGGAGAAGGCCAUUCUAUGUUUGGAUGCAUUCAAGUUUGAUGCCACAAGUAACAGGUUCAAGUUGCUGCCUCGGUACUCCUCUGAAUUCAGCAAGGAUAAGAAAUUUAAAGUCGUCUGUAUGAGGGACCUUCUUAGUUUCAUGGCAUAUGAAAGAUGUCCAGUUUGUAAGCUUGAGGUGUAUUCUUUGGACGAGGACAAGGGAUGCAAGGGUGGUGUGUGGAGUAAGAUGUACAGUUUCGGACCAUUUCUACGUUUUCGACGUUUUGACUGCCUGCAACAGGGUUUCAAGUAUGGCGACGAGAUUGUAAUUAAUGAAUAUGGUGACCUUACCCGCUUUAAUCACAAACUGGGGACUUUUGAGCGCAUCCCGGGUGUAAUGGCUCCUGAUACGGGUGACUGCUUUACAUAUACACCUAGUUUGGUUUCCCUUCCAGGAAUGACCUCUAUUUAUUUAGAAAACCAGACUCCUCUACCUGGUCAUCACCCUACAAUUCGUCCUCUGCGUUUAGUGAAUUCACUAAGAGAUCAUUUGCCAUUAGAGAAGACGACUCAAGUGUUCAAUUGA